GUUUGAAAUAUUCAAUAUGGCGGACAAAAGUCAGAGAACAAUGAAAGCGUUGGUGAAAGAAGCGGAAGGUACCUCAUAUAAAUACAUGGAUUAUCCCGUAUCAGAGCCAGGCGAAGGAGAAUUACUUGUCAAAGUUACUAAAGUAUCAAUUUGUGGUUCUGAUCUUAAUUUAUAUUUAUGGAAUGAAGUUGCAAAAAAAAUUGCAAAGCUUCCGUUUAUCCCAGGCCAUGAAUGUGUUGGGGAGAUUGUCAAAGUGGGACCAAGUUGUUCUGACUCAUUUAGAGUCGGUCUUCGUGUCUGCUGUGAGAAUCACUAUUUCUGUGGAAAGUGCUAUCAGUGUCUACAUGGCCAAGAAAAUAUUUGCCAAAAUUUAAAGCAAUAUGGCCUUGGAAAAGGCACAAUCCAUGGAGGGUGCUGCCAAUAUACCAUUAUUCCCUCUCGUUACGCUUAUGUUGUAAAGACAGAUAUUUCAGACAACGCCGCUUGUCUGUUGGAACCAUUUGGAGUUUCGCAUUUGGCAAUGGAAAAGCUUGAACCAACUAACGAGACUGUUCUAAUUCAAGGAUGUGGUCCAAUAGGUCUGAUGGCAACGGGGAUAGCAAAGGCAAUGGGCGCGAAAAAAAUCAUUGCCACGGACAUUAUCGAAUGUAGGCUGGAGUUAGCCAGGAGAAUGGGUGCCAACGUUCUGGUGAAUGGUAGAAAUGAAAAUCUUGCUAAAGUGGUUUUGAGGGAAACAAAUGGCGAUGGAGUUGGCAGGAUACUUGAAGCAAGCGGGAACGCCGACUUGAUGAACAAUUGUUUCAAAUUACUUAGGAAAGGAGGUGUAGUUGUGCUCGUUGGAUUAACCAAGAAAGCACUUCAUGUUGACGAGUUUCUUCAAGACAUUUUGUUUAAAUCUUUGACCAUAAAAACUCUUCACGGACGAAACAUUUUCUCAACAUGGGAGAAGGCUGAGAAAAUGUUGCAUCAAAAAGAAGUCGACAUUGAUGCGGUAAUAUCUCACAUUAUUCCUCUUAGCAAGUUUGAACAGGCAUUCGAGUUGUUGCUUUCAGGAAAAGCAUGUAAGAUUUUAAUGGAUCCACAAGAAUAAUAUUUCAUGUUAUUUCGUAAAAUUUUUACCAUAUAUAAUUUAUUUGAAUGACACUGGAAAAUUUUCGAAAAUCCAAGCAUCGAAAUUGCAUUGAGAAUACAGGGGCACUUUAUACAGUUGCUAUGAAGAGGAAACUGUAAGUUUUGUCUUUGUUGCUUUGUAUUUCCUAUACCAAUUCCAUAUUAUCCAUCAAGCUUGGUGAAUGCACAAAGUCAGAGUUAUUUGAGUCGUGUUUAUGUGGGUUUCUAUUAUGCUAUUGUCUUUACCACGAAGCCUCGCUUUUGUGUAAAAAUAAUAUAUUGCAUUAAAGUGUGGCUUAGUGCUAAAGACAAUAAUCUAAAGGCUCUGUAACACGGUGCAAUUUUUUAUGCACCUUGCAAAGCAAGUCUACUUUUAAGAGAUGUAAAUUUGGGAACUACAAAACUCUUGUGUUUAUUACACUCCACUGGAUGUUUCUAACACUUACGUUUUAAAGACUUCUCACUAAGUUAGUGCUAUUAAUCCCCGAGCGGGCGCGGAGCGCCUGGGAGGGUACUAAUUCCGCUCGGAGAUUA